AUCACCUCUUCUUCAAUCUUGAGCCACACCCAAUCUACCCAGAUGAUCCAAACCCUCGUUUCUUGAUUCUUUUUCCGUACAAAAAUGGAGGGCACAUUCCUCCCAAAUAGGCCAGCUCUCCCUAUCCAAUUGACCAAACCAACUCAAUCGAACCAACAACAACAAAGACUCGGAUUCAAUCCAACAACUCUCCCUCCGCAGCCACCGUCGUUCUCCAUUGAUCCUCUCCUCCAACACCUCAUACACCUCUCUUCUCCGCCGCCAACCACCACCCACAACCAAAAACCCAUACGAUCAAGCAACACCCACUUCCCUUCGAUUCGCAAUUCUUCGAAAAAACAUGUUGUCAGUAGAACACAUUUCAAGAAAACUUAUUCGAGUUCACUGCUUACCCUUGAAGAUCCCAAAGUUCAUGUGGCUGAUGUUGAUGGCGAUGGCGAUGGCGAUGGCGAUGGUGAUGGUGCACUUGACUUUCUUUCACGCGAGUGUAAGUUUAUGCUGGAUUCCAUAUUAGAACAGCCUUUAUCCAGUUUAAAUUUGUUCUUUUAUUCUGUUAAGUUGGAGUUGAUUGAAGUUGAUUUGGUUAGUCUUUUAAAGGGUUUAGAUCUUUUGGGCAAUUGGGAAAAAGCCCUUUGUUUGUUUGAAUGGAUAUUGGAGGAUUCAAAGACCAAUCCAGGUUUCAAUCUAGAUAACCAAGCUAUUGAAUUAAUGGUGAAAAUAUUGGGUAGGGAAUCACAACAUACAGUUAUGUCAAAGUUAUUUGAUCAGUUUGAUGCUAUUGAUAAUUCACUUGAUGUUCGUGCUUUCACUACAAUCCUUCAUUCGCAUUCGAGCAGCGGAAAGUAUGAGAAAGCUAUUAACUUGUUUCAACGAAUGAAAGCGAUCGGGUUGUCUCCCAAUUUGGUUACUUACAAUGUGAUGUUGGAUGUUUAUGGGAAAAUGGGUCGUUCGUGGGAUAAAAUCUUGACCCUUUUGGAGGAACUGAAAGCCGAAGGGCUUGAGUUCGAUGAAUUCACUUGUAGUACGGUGAUAUCUGCGUGUGGUAGAGAAGGAUUGUUAGAAGAGGCGAAAACUUUUUUCGCUGGUUUAAAAGCUCAAGGCUAUAAACCGGGAACUUUUACUUACAAUUCUCUACUCCAAGUAUUCGGGAAGGCCGGAAUGUACUUAGAGGCAUUGAAUAUCUUGAAAGAAAUGGAGGAAAACAACUGCCCACCGGAUUUGGUUACUUAUAACGAGCUUGUGGCUGCAUAUGUGCGAGCAGGGUUCCAUGAAGAAGGGGCGGCUGUUAUAGAUACAAUGACUCAAAAGGGCGUAAAACCAAAUGCAAUCACUUAUACAACGGUUAUUGAUGCAUAUGGGAAAAGUGGAAAAGAAGAUAAGGCCUUGAGUCUAUUCAAGAUAAUGAAGAAAUCCGGUUGUGUGCCUAAUGUUUGUACUUAUAACGCGAUUCUUGGAAUGUUAGGAAGAAAAUCAAGAUCUGAAGAGAUGAUUGAGAUUCUUCGUGAUAUGAAAGCGAAUAAAUGUUCACCUAAUCGCGUCACUUGGAACACGAUGCUUGCUAUGUGUGGAAACAAAGGGAUGCAUCUUUAUAUGAAUUGGGUUUUAAAAGAGAUGAAAAGUUGUGGAUUUGAGCCCGAUAGAGACACUUUCAACACAUUGAUAAGUGCAUACGGUAGAUGUGGUUUGGAACUUGAUGCUAAUGAAGUUUAUCGGGAGAUGAUCAAAGUGGGGUUUAAUCCGUGUAUUACAACCUAUAACGCACUUUUGAAUGCAUUGGCUCGUAAAGGAGAUUGGAAAGCAGCUGAAUCAGUGAUGUUAGAUAUGAGAGGAAAAGGGUUCAAGCCUAGUGAAACUUCGUAUUCUUUGAUGCUUCAUUGCUACUCAAAAGGGCAAAACUUAAAGGGGUUAGAUGUGAUGGCAAAGGAGAUAUAUGACGGGAAGAUCUUUCCUAGUUGGAUGCUUCUAAGAACGCUAAUUCUUGCAAAUUUCAAGUGUAGAUCACUUAGUGGCAUGGAAAAAGCGUUUCAGGAAUUGCAAAAACACGGUUACAAACCUGACCUUGUAAUAUUCAAUUCCAUGCUUUCUAUUUACGCCAGAAACAAGAUUUAUGAUCAGGCUCGUAAGAUGCUCCGUUUGAUUUACAAUAGCGGAUUGCAGCCGGAUCUUGUCACUUUCAACACGUUAAUGGAUAUGUAUGCAAGAACGGGCGAGUGUUGGGAAGCUGAAGAAAUCCUCAAAAGUGUACAGAAAUUGGGCAGAAAACCCGAUCUUGUUUCAUAUAAUACCGUCAUUAAAGGCUUUUGUAGGCAGGGUUUCAUGGAUGAAGCUAGAAGGGUACUUUCGGAAAUGACAAGUAAAGGGAUCCGGCCAUGCAUUGUUACAUACAACACAUUUGUUGCCGGAUUUGCAGCUCAGGGGUUGUUUUCAGAAGUAAACAAUGUGAUUAGUUAUAUGAUUGAGCAUAAUUGCAGGCCGAAUAUGCUAACUUACAAGACUAUUGUAGACGGAUAUUGUAGAGCUAAGAAGUAUCAAGAAGCGUUAGAAUUUGUGGGAAACAUUAGAAAAAGUGACGGUUCUUUUGAUGAGCAAAGUUUGCAAACACUUGCUUCUCUUGCUCGGGCAAAUGUUGUGUUAUGACCCCCUUCAAAAAGUCCCCUCUUUGGCGUUUUUUGUUUGUUUAGUGGGCUAGUUUUCGGUUGCUGAUAUCACCAUUGAAAGAAAGGGCUUCCCGUUGUGUUGAUUCAAGAUUUGCAGGCUUGCAACCAAAGACAGACAUUGAAGCUCACUAAAGGAAGUACAGCUUCAAGCAACAUAAAAGGGAUGAAAUGGUGGUAUGUUUUUCGAGUCCAGAAUUUCAGAUCGGCUUUUCUUUUAUUUUACUUAUAUGACGUAAAAGAGCAUCGAUUAGAACUCAUUUGGCUCGCUUUUUGUAUGUAAGCCUGGGUACGCGAACGGGCAUGUCCAUUUUUAGAUUAGAAUUUUCAUUGUAAAUGCUGUAAUUUAUGAUAAGAACUACCAAGGUUGUGUUGGGGUGGAUCAUGUUGUGUAUGAUCCAUUCCACAUAUGCUUUCAUCUUGGUAAUAUCCGCAACGAUGAUGUUAUAAAGAAUUAUAUUCGAUGC